CCAAUCUUCUUCACGUUACACGUUUUCUCUCUUCCUUUUCUGCUCUUUUCUUUUUGUUUUGUUAUUGCAGUUUAGGCAGACUUAUGAUGCAAAGUUAACCAACAUUUUAUUCCAUUCUAUCUGUUUCCUUCUUCUUCUUCUUCUUCCAAUAUCUGUCUCUGUAUCUUGUUUGGCAAGUAAGACAAGAGUAGCCUUAUACUUUAGAAUCUUCAUCAACGAAUAUAUCUGACAGUAUUCUCACAGACUUGAAUUUCAAUGGGGAAAGGAGGUGGUUGCUUUCCAAGCAAGACAAAGGCACCAGUUUCUGUAUCAGAAAGAGAUCCAGUUAGUGUUGAAAGUCCAAUCCCAGCAAAUGAUCCAAUUUCCACAAACCAAGACGGGGCAGCAACAGCAACAGCACCUGCAACAGCACCAGCAACAGUGAAAAAGCUGAAAGUUUUCAUUGUGUUCUACUCUACUUAUGGUCAUGUGGAGUCAUUGGCAAAGUCCUUGAAGAAAGGGGUUGAUUCAAUUGAAGGAGUUGAAGGGGUGUUGUACCGUGUGGUGGAGACGCUUCCUGAGGAGGUCUUGCAACUCAUGAAGGCACCUGAGAAGGAUGAUUCGGUGCCACUCAUAUCUGCUGAAAACUUGGUGGAGGCUGAUGGCUUGCUGUUUGGAUUUCCAACAAGGUAUGGAAGCAUGGCAGCACAGAUGAAGGCGUUUUUCGAUUCAACAGGUCAGUUGUGGAGAGAGCAGAAGCUGGCAGGGGUCCCUGCUGGCUUCUUUGUCAGCACUGGCACACAGGGUGGAGGUCAAGAAACAACCGCAUGGACAGCAAUCACACAGUUAGUCCACCAUGGAAUGCUCUAUGUUCCUAUUGGUUAUACCUUUGGUGCUGGAAUGUUCGAAAUGGACUCAAUCAGAGGUGGGUCACCAUAUGGAGCUGGAGUUUUUGCUGGCGAUGGCUCAAGGCAAGCUAGUCAAACAGAACAUGCCCUUGCAGAGUAUCAAGGAAAACACAUGGCCACAGUGGUCAAGAAGUUAAGCCACUGAACUUGGCUUUUCAAAUUCUCAUUCAGUCUUCAGGGAUUUUCAAUUGUUGUGUUUAUUAUUUCUACAAGAUUAAUCAUCACAAGACAAAAGUUAAGAACAACAUAGUUUCUGUUGUUUUUAACACAUUGUCUGAUAUUCAUGAAUUGUACACAUUGUAAACUUCAUGUUCGUCGUUCUGUUAUGUUUCAUACAUUUAUAAUUGAGGUAUUCUUGGUCGGGA